UGAACAUUAACAACUUCCUGUUCAAAGUCCUGUCCGUCAACUCAAGACACGAUACAAAGAGUGAAUUUGUUUCUACUUUUGAAAGCCUGUGAUAUAUGUGCUUUGAUUCAAACAUAAUAAUGGACUAACGUUAGCUAAUGUGCCACGUCAGGCUUUUUCGCGUGGAAAUAUUUUUUAGACGAGUCAGUAAUUGUGUGUGUGUGUGCAGAACGUCAUGCAUAAUUCAGUCGAGUCUCUCAUAAAUGUGUUAGAGUCAUACAGAGGAAGAGAUAAAGUGAUCAGGACUCUCUGCUAUGGAUCUCAACUGGUCGGUGGCAUUUUAGCCAGCAAGAACACUCAUUCUUCUUUGGGGAAAACUCUCAUGCUCUUCUCCGCUCAGCUGAGUCAGUGCAGAACCACACUGAGGCUCUUUGAUGACCUGUCCAUGCUGGCGUACUCCUCGAGCUAUGGGUUAGGAGCCACGGAGAGGGACUGUUUGGUUCGAUGGAUGUCCGUUCUGACUAACGUGGCGGAUCAGCUGUAUUACCCUUGCGAACAUGUCGCCUGGGCAGCAGAUGCAGAGCUCAUCAAAACCAAAUCUGACAAGUGGUGGGUGCUGAGCACGGUCCUCUGGGGUUCGUCCCUCUUUUUGAGUAUCCUCAGAUCCCUCAGACUCAUUCAGCUUCUGAAGAGGAAAGUGCGGAAGAGCCAGAGGUCCGACUCUGAAAGCAGGGAGGAAGUGUUUGCCAAUAAAGCUACACUCCGGAGACAGAUCAGAGCGGAAGUGUUCAGUAUCCUGAGCAGCCUGGCAGACCUCAGCAAUGCCAUUCAUUGGAUGCCGCCUGGAUUUCUGUGGGCUGGACGUUUUCCUCCUUGGCUGGUGGGACUGAUGGGAACAACCUCCUCUCUGAUUGGCAUUCUCCAGAUGAUCUGUAGUGUGCAAGAGCAUGACUGAUGCAUUGUCGUGUAGUUUUACAGUUACAGAUUAGUAACUAUGCUGAUUUUAGAUUGGAUAAUAACUUGCCUUUAAAUGACUGACUAUGAAUCAUCUCUGUCCUGGAGAUACGGCAUAAUAGCAAUUAUAUGUGUAAUUUAUACAGGAUAACUGACAAACCAGCAUUUUACUUACUUAGUUUGGUAAAUUUUACACUAAAAUGUAUGAACUGUAUAAAAAUGAAUGUCUGUGAAUAUGUAUAAAUCAUGCAGAUGCUUUUUACUCGAUGUAAAUAUGAUUUAAGUUUAACUGCAAAAUAAAUAAUUUUUACACGA